CUCCGGGACAUCUCUUCCGACUCAGGACAAAGAUCCACUGCUCAUCAUGCCGGACGUCACCGUGAAAGCGCCCAAGAAGGGCUCAAAGAAAGCCGUCUCUAAGACCGCCACCAAGACUGGCAAGAAGAGGAGAAAGUCCAGGAAGGAGAGCUACGCCAUCUACGUGUACAAGGUGAUGAAGCAGGUCCACCCCGACACCGGCAUCUCCUCCAAGGCCAUGGGUAUCAUGAACUGCUUCGUGAGCGACAUCUUCGAGCGCAUCGCCGGUGAGGCCUCCCGUCUGGCUCACUACAACAAGCGCUCCACCAUCACUUCCAGGGAGAUCCAGACCGCUGUCCGCCUGCUGCUGCCCGGGGAGCUGGCGAAGCACGCCGUGUCUGAGGGCACCAAGGCCGUGACCAAGUACACCAGCUCCAAGUAAACUGCUGUGAAGUCAACUACUCAAAGGCUCUUUUAAGAGCCACCCACUACAUCUAGAGACGUGUCCUGUCAGUUAAACAAUUUAUUAUAGAAAGUGUACAAUAUUUAUAAUCUAGUCCAUUCAAUAACUACAACAUGUACAAUUAAUAAACUACAGUACUGUCAUUGUGCUUUAAAUACAGGUGUACAAAUGAUCUGUCAGUUAUAGUAAAAAUAUCCUUUUCCUCCCUGCAUUUUAAUCAAGUAAAGGGAAUAUACUCUACAUAAUAUACCAUGACAAACUCCAGUGCUGAUUUUGUUGACAUGAAAUGGGCUAUUGCAAUGUUC